UUUAGCGAUCGGAAUGUAAACACAAAUUUGAAACUUUCUAGUUUUAAACUUAAAACAUCCACUGAACUGAAAUGACAAAAUCAUGUGAUAUUUUUUCGUGUUUUAGGUUUUAGUCAAUAUAAAUUAAAUAUUAUCUUUUAUUUUAUAUCGUGUGUCUUAUAAUGUAAUAAAUUAGGUAAAGUUCAAGUGAGCAAAAGAUGCUGUUAUUAACAUAAACAAUUAGUGUGACAAUCAGUUCAUAUCUGUGUGCGGAGAGGGCUGCACGCUUCUUGCAUGUUUUCCCGCCAAAAUGUACACGCGAGUCGCUUUACUUUUAUUCGCGUGGGUUGAUGUUGCGAUAACAUUCGAUUCAAGAAAUGUAGUUUUUACGAUAAUCAGUCAACCUGAGCCAUACCACGCUAGUGUUGCUCGUCGAUUGAAGAUGGAUAUCGAAACACAAGUGGUAGAACUGGAGAAAAGAGAAGCAAGGAUCCACAUAACUCAUGAAGAUUUUGCUGUAGGGGGUGCUUGGACCAUCAUCCCACUUUUGAGUCCUCUAGUAGAGAAAUACAGAAACAGUGCCGUGCGUUGGGUGUUGUUUGUGGAGCCACAUACGGCGGUGCGCUGUGCCAAGCUGAUUGAGGCUUUAGCUGCUGCUGACACACAAAAGGAUGCCAUGUGGGUGGGAUACCCACUAAGCGAUGACGAACCGACGAUAAUCCACCACUUCGCCUACUUCGAGGAGCUGGAAGAUGAGGGCGGUUUUGUGUAUCCGAAUUUUGCCAGUGGUUUUGCAAUGAAGAUGGAAUUGAUUGUCAGUAUAUCUAAUAAGGUAGAGAGCGGUGAGCGUCAGUUGGAAGCGGAGUUCUCAAUAGACCCUGCGUUUGAGCUUGCCAGGCUCGUGUACGGGGAUAUCCAUGACCGGGGCCCCUUGCUGACUGCAGACCAGAGCUUCUGUGUGGUAUCCGGCGAUAACUGUGCCACUUAUCCACGACAAUUCGAUACAUGUGGUAGCCCCGUGCCUGAGGACUCCAUAUACUUCGCGGUGAAGACUUGGAGCGGAUACCACGCCACACGUGCCAGGGUUGUCAAGAAGACCUGGGGCAGACAUGUCACAAACCUGCAGUUCUUUAGUGAUCGAAACGACUCGAGUCUUCCAGCUGUGGAUGUGGGUAUACCGAACACUGUGAGUGGACACUGCGCAAAAACUAUGGCUAUUUUGAAGGAGGUGGUUAAGCGAGUUGAGAACAUGACACACAUCAAGUGGAUAUUUUUGGCUGACGAUGACACCAUAUUAGGAGUUCAACGUCUUUGCGAGAUUCUGAGUUGCUACCGCGGCGGGGAUGACGUCACAGUGCUCGGAGAACGAUAUGGCUACGGCUAUGGGAACAAAGAGACUGCUAGUAAAGGGUACGACUACAUCACGGGUGGCGGCGGGACGGUGCUGAGCGUGGGAGCGAGCAAGUUGGCCAGCCGUUGCUCGUGCUCGACGCUCGGCUCGCCGGACGACAUGACGCUGGGAGCGUGCGCGACACACGUGCAGCGAGUGUCGCUCACACACUCGCCGCUCUUCCAUCAGGCUCGUCCACAAGACUACCCGCGCGAGGUGGUCGCACGCGAUCGGCCUGUCUCGUUCCACCGCCACUCGUCGCCCGAUCCUCUAAAGGUUUACGCCACCUGGUUCCAACAUGAUGACCUCGCGCUGCGCCCACGCGGACUCAAAGACGAACUCUAACGGACAAUUUUAAAUUAAGAUUUUAAAUUUAUGAUUAUUUUGACUCCAGCCUUUAUAUUGGUUUACUUUGUGGUCUAAUUACCGGCUGCAGAUUUCCCGAACAGAUGCGACUUAGGGAACUUCAAGCAUUGAGCAUACUCACAUCUUUAAGGACGGUAAUGCAUCUCUCGACCCCUGGUGUUGCAGAUGUCCAUAGGGGGCUCACCAUUUCCUAUCAACUGAGUCACUAGCUCGUUCGCCCUCUGCCCUAGAAAAACUAAUCUAAAAAAAACAUUUCGCUGUCUUACAUAGAGAGAGAGUGAAAAAAUAUAUCAACAAAACGAUUCAUCGAUCGGUUAUUGAAAUGUAGAAUCAGGAAAUGGAUAGAAAUAUUAAUCUCAGACCGCCAAAAGCGCUCGAAAGACAUUUGUUAUUAGUUGUUAUGUAACGUUUUUAAAAACCUAGUCAAGAUUUAAACUGAAUAAUCCUUAUUGAAAGAUCCUAUGAAAUGUAAAUGAAUAUAAAAUAAAUAUUAUAAAACACGUGUCGCUUCCCAUAGUAAUACGAAUUGCAUAUAAAUGUAUUCAAACCAUAAAAAUGUAAACAAGAAGGCGAUACAGUCGCGUUAAAUAUGUAAUAAAAUUAGAAUCAAAAUAGAUUUCUAUAUCUAUUUAUCUAAUUUUAAAUUAUCAGGCCAAGGAGGAAGGUUUUGAGUAAUAAUAAUUGUAAAACAUGACAAGUUCACGAAUUGACUUGUGUUAUAACUAUUAUUGAAAUGAUUUUAGCGUUUAGUCAACGGACACAUUAAAGUGUAGGUAUACCUUUAUUCCGUAUUUCCUUGGGCGGAUAUAUUUUUAAGAGUUUAUAUGAUCUACACACAUUAGCGAUAUCAACGAAGAAUAAAUUAAGAAUCGCGAACGGGGUAUUCGUGCUUCUACUGUGAAAUUAACUACUAUCACCCCAUGCGCUGGAACAGGGAGGAUAUUAUCUUGUUAUAUUCAGUUUCUACUUCAGACCGUAUGUAAACAUACUUUUGAUUGGUUGUUUUUGAAGUGCCUAUCCGGAUCUGACGUCACUAAGAUGGCCGUCUCUUGUUAUCUCUCAAUGCGCGAGGUAAAUAUAGCAUUCUAAGCGUUCGCUUUAGACCUUGUCUACAUUCAUAGAACGACAGUGAUCGAAGGCCAGCAAACUGUCUCGUUUCAUAGCUUUCUUAUGCCGUCGUUCGCUAUGGGUAUGUGAACCCAGCAAUAAGUGUUGCUUGAAGGCCGGUAACUGAACUAAUAUUAUAACGAUAAACAUAUCUAAAAUGUAUUUUAUUAAACAUAUUAAGUAUGUUAAAUAAAAUACAUAUUAAAGGAUUUUAAAACGCGUCUACUUGUAAUUGUUUUUUUUUUUCUUAAGGUAUUAAAAAUUGUUUAUUUAACUCGACAUUUCGUGACCUUUGAUAUAUCUAUAUAUAUAUAGGAGACGAACGUUUUAAGAGGAACUCACGCGUUUUAAUCCCUUAAAAAGAAUUUUAUUUCUAUGUAUAACACUCACGUUAAUCAAAAAAAAUCCUAACAUAUUUUAAUUUAUAUCACAUUCUUUAAUGGGCUGUAUUUAAAAAAAAAUGAUCUCGAUCUUGUAAAAUAAGUCAUAACAAACCAUUUUUUAGGCUAUUUAUUAGGACAUUUUUGUGAAAGCAUUGUUUGACUGGUUGCUGUUUUACGUUUUUAUAUUUUAAAUGUAAUUAAACAUAUCAAUUGUGUUUGAAUAAAGUUUAUUAGUUUUGUA